AUGCCACCAAAACCCACCAUCGAAGAUGUCGACGAUGACGAGAUCGACAACAUGGACAUGGACAUUGCCCAGUUCGAUCCCAGUCUCAGGACACCGAUUGCUCCCAUCAACAAACCAACGGUCACGAGGUCUCAGGACUCCGAACCUCCACUCUUUCCACAGCAGCCUUUCCAGCCUCCAUCGGGCGGAAGUGCUCCAAAAAGCGAGGGAAUCAUGGACCCUCUGAAAUUGUCUGAGCAAGAUAAAGAGCAUUUUGCCAAAUUCCAAACGAUAUACCCAUGUUACUUCGACAUCAACAGAACGCACAAAGAAGGCAGAAGAGUCAGCAUUGACUUGGCCGUGGAGAACCCUUUGGCCAUCACCAUUUCCGACGCAUGCCGGAGGCUUGGUGUUCCAGUCAUCCUUGAGUUGGACAGAUCGCACCCCCAAGACUUUGGUAACCCAGGCAGAGUGAAGGUGUUCAUCAAGGACGCUGGCGAGGUCCAGGACCCACGUUUCAAGACCAAGAAGGGUCUCCUCAACGAAAUUGCAUCCUACCUUCUGGAUCAUCCUACAACCUUGAAGAGCAUAAGCAAGGGCGGUGGGCUUCCAAUUCCUAAGGAAUACGAGCAGGGCUUCGAGCCUGAGGAAAUACCUAAGGUCAAGGGUUUCAAGAUGAACUCGAUUGUGCCCAUCCACUCCAACUACACUUUGAAACAUCCAAUGACUAAAACAAUCUAUGACCCCGAGCCCGAGACGACGAAUGAGGCCCCCAAGCUACCCAAACAACCCAAAAAGAAGAUCAUGAGAGUGAGAGGUUAA